AUGAAAUGUCUAGAGGAGUUCCUGAAGAGAAAAAGAGGGAAUAUCACAGAAGAGGAGGAGAGAGAGGGGGAGGCUUCUAAAAGAAGUAAAUUGACAAAAGGAACACCAGAAAAAGAGAAGAAAGUAAAGGGAAUAGAGGACCUAGCAGGAAUAAUAAUAGAAAUGGAAAGGAAACUGAUAGAGAAAAUAGAAACUUUCAAGGAAGAAGUAAGAGAGUGGAAAGAAGAACAAGAAAAGAAAGAGGCAGAAUGGAAAAGAGAAAAAGGAAGAAUAAGAGAAGAAAUGGAAGAAUUGAAACAAAGACUAUAUAAGAUAGAGAGGGAGAGAGGAGAAGGAAGAAAAGAAACGGAAGAGGAACAAAAAGAAAUGAAAAAAAGCAACAUUGAGAAAGGGAUCGAAACUGAGAUAAUAAGAAAAGGCCUGGAGAUUUGGAAGGAAGAGGAAGAAAGACAAAAGAGAAGAAAGAACAUAGUAAUAAAAGGAGUAGACAAAAAGGAGAAGAAUGUAGAGGAGACAAUAAAGGAAUUAUGGAAAGUGAUGGAGGUGUCCGGAAAGAUAGAAGAGAUCAGAGAAUUAGGAAAAGGAAAUAAAAGAGAAAAAAGAAUGAUAUUAGUAAAAAUGGAGAACAGAGAAGAUAAAAUAGAAAUUAUGAGAAAAAAAUGGAAGUUAAGAGAAAGGAACGAAAAAAUACAAGACGACUGGACAUGGAAAGAGAGAUCCAUACAAUGGAACCUAGAUAAGAUAGCUUGGAAAGAAAGAAAAAAAGGAAAGAAAGCAUGGGUGAAAUACGGAAAAAUCUGGAUGAACGAGAAAUGGUGGAGAUGGAAUGAAGAAGAAAUGAAGCUGGAAGAGGGAGACGAAGAAGAGAAGAGAGAGAGAAGAAAAGAAGAGAGAGAAAUGAGAGGAAUAGUGAGGACGGAAAGGGAGGUGGACAGGAACGCGGAAAAACGAGAAUAA